CGUCCUCUCAUCCUAUGGAUGGGUCUGGUCCGACAAUCCCCCGACACCUGGAGCUGGUUCUACAAGAGCAACCGAUGGCUUGUGGUCUCGCCUCGGUGGAUACAAUCGCCUCUUUCCUCUUCUCCCGGAUACACGCGAGCAGUCACGGACUGGGACGGAAAGUGGCGAGCCGUGACGAGUGGACAAAAAGCCAAAGUUGUGUGUGAAGAAGUAACAGCAGGGGAUAUGCCGCCAACAUCACCUCCACCUCCCCCAACACCGCCUGCAACAUCGCCGCCCCCAACACAGCCCGCAACAUCGCCGCAAAAAAAACUGAAAACACCGAGCGCAUGCGCAAAAGUUGGGCGCGAAGCAGACGACUUCGCCAUCACAAACUUUGAGCAACUGUCCUCCAGCGUGCUGGUCGUUGAGAUGAACGUGACAAGAAGGAAAUCAAGGCUGGCGUGUGCUGUGGCCUGCUCCAGGAAACAACGUUGUGUGAUGUUCAAGAAGCAGCCGGGCAGUCGAGAGUCGUGUUACACGUACAGUCUGUCCAGCACCGGGUCUCCUGCGGACUGUGCGGGCAGCCCGCCACCAUGUUACUGGAAGUCCUGCUGGCGUCCGGAGCUGUGACGCCCGUGUCAUCUCACUGGACCAUAUAUCAUGUACAACCCGUCCUGCUGGCGUCCGGAGCUGUGACGCCCGUGUCAUCUCACUGGACCAUAUAUCAUGUACAACCCGUCCUGCUGAUGUCCGGAGCUGUGACGCCCGUGUCAUCUCAGGUCACGUACUACCUGUCCUGCUGGCGCCCGGAGUGUCCAGCUGGUAGACUGAAUGUGACAUUGCUCUGAGAUGACAAGCCGAUAGUAUUCAAUAUUUACCAGGAAUAUUUACAUCAUCAUUUAAAUUUACAAUAAACAACAGCUGACAUGUUGAUCUGUGACGCC